AUGGCACCAGCCAGGGCAGGAUUCUGCCCUCGGAUGCUGCUCUUGCUGCUGGGGCUGUGGAUGGCCAAGGACCCAGUUGGUGCCAAGCCCAGAAACAUGACCUCAGCCCGGUGGUUUGAAACUCAGCACGUGCAGCCCAGGCCUCAGGGAUGCAAUGCUGAUGGCAACAUCAGCAAGUACUCCAAAAGCUGCAAAGGCCUCAACACCUUCCUGCAUGAAUCCUUCUCCAGCAUGGAGACUCCCGUCAUAACCUGCAAGAAUGGCUGUAAAAACUGCCACCAGAGCCAGAAGCCUGUAUGCCUGACCACGUAUAAGCUCAUCUCAGGGAGGUGCUCAGACUGCAGGUACAAGGAGAAGCAACUGGAUGCAUUCUGCAUCAUGGCCUGUGAUCCUCCACAACAGAAGGAUGGCCUAAGGUACCAGCUGAUCCUGUGCUUUUGGAUAAUGUUGUCUAAGGCCAGGUGUUCCCCUACCUCAAGCUCUGCAGACUCCCGAUACUACAGCUGCAUUUCCUCCCUUGAGUUCUUCACUAAUCCUUACCCUUUUUGCAAAUACCACUUCUCUCCCACGCAGCCAACUCCACAUACUCUUAAUUCCUUACGGGGUUUUGUGGAUGAUCCAAAUGAAAGAGAUCUAAGGCAGAGCUCCUUGCUACCUACCACACCCACACUAUCCUAUCCCAAAUAUAGCUUCCCCAACAGCAUCCAGGCGGCCCUGCCAUACCACACUCUGCCCAUCACUAUCACUAUUGCGCCCACCCUGUGCUUCUGA